ACGCCGACGCUGUAAUAGGACGCCCUCCCGGAAGUGGGCUCUAGAUCUGGCAGUCGAAGUGGCAGCCGGUGGCCUCCGAGACCAGAUCCGGGGAGGUCGCAGCUGAACUGUUUGUCUACGUUUCCUCCGGAUCCCUCCUGAAUCCUCCAGGUCCGCGCAGAGAGGAAACUUCUUCGUCGUCAUGGGGGGCGGAGAUCUGAAUCUGAAGAAGAGCUGGCACCCCCAGACCCUCCGCAAUGUGGAGAAGGUGUGGAAGGCCGAGCAGAAGCAUGAGGCUGAGCGGAAGAAGAUCGAAGAGCUUCAGCGGGAGCUGCGGGAGGAGCGGGCCCGGGAAGAGAUGCAGCGCUAUGCCGAGGACGUCGGGGCCGUCAAGAAAAAAGAAGAAAAAUUGGACUGGAUGUAUCAGGGUCCUGGUGGGAUGGUGAACCGUGAUGAGUACUUGCUGGGGCGCCCCAUUGACAAGUACGUUUUUGAGAAGAUGGAGGAGAAGGAGGCAGGCUGUUCUUCGGAGACGGGACUGCUCCCAGGUUCCAUUUUUGCCCCAUCCGGUGCCAAUUCCCUCCUCGACAUGGCCAGCAAAAUCCGGGAGGACCCGCUCUUCAUCAUCAGGAAGAAGGAGGAAGAGAAAAAAAGAGAGGUGUUGAAUAACCCCGUGAAAAUGAAGAAAAUCAAAGAAUUGUUGCAAAUGAGUCUGGAAAAAAAGGAGAAGAAGAAAAAGAAGGAGAAGAAAAAGAAGCACAAGAAACAUAAGCACAGAAGCUCAAGUAGCGAUGGCGGCAGCAGCCAGGAUGAGCGCAGCCGGGGGAGAGCUCAAAAGAAGACGGCAGAUUCUUCCCCUGUUUUGUCCAAAGCCCCUGGAUACGGCUUACAGAUCAGGGACUCCUACCACAGCCAGGGACUGCAGAGUCCUCUGACGGCCAAGCAAAAGGGAAUGCACGGGUUGAAGAAUUAUUCCAGGUCCAGAAGCUCCUCCCACUCACCUCCCAGACAUGUCAGCAAGAAGAACACCAGAGAAGCAGGGUCCCGGGACAGGAGUUCUCGAUCCCCAGGCAGAAGGUCACGGUCCCCAAGGCCAAGCAAACCGCACAACUCUAAGGUCAACAGGAGAGAGAGAGGCCGCACUAAGAGCCCAUCGCCUAAAAAAGAGGUCUAUCAAAGGCGCCACGCUCCUGGAUACACCAGAAAGCUCUCAUCAGAGGAACUAGAGCGAAAACGGCAAGAGAUGAUGGAAAAUGCCAAGUGGCGGGAGGAAGAGAGGCUAAACAUCCUCAAGAGGCACGCUAAGGAUGACGAACGGGAGCAGAAGCUGGAGAAGCUGGGCUCCCGAGAUGGAAGGUUUAUCCAUCGCAUGAAGCUGGAGAGUGCAUCUACCUCCUCCCUGGAGGACCGGGUAAAACGGAAUAUCUACUCUCUGCAGAGAACCUCAAUAGCUCUGGAGAAGAACUUUAUGAAAAGAUGAAAACCAUCCCCUCUUUUGUUGGUUUUCCUGAAUUUUCCAGGGAGGCUGCUGAUCCCUUAAAAAUUCUCUUUAUAAGAGUUCAAGUGACUUCUUCCACAGUUGUCAAACCACCACUGUUCAAAGUGACUCUCCUCCAGCGAUUCCCGAAACAGCUCACUUCCUUUAAGAACCAGUGUGACUCGCUUUAUGGGACCCUCAGUAACUUUUGCUGGGUGCUGAGUGGGUUUUGACUGUGUUUUUAAUGAGUGGGCACUGGACCAUGUAGGUGUGAGCACUUGCCCUGCCGUGGAAGGGCUGCUCCCUGUGGUCGUGAUACUGAUUAUGCCACUUCUUUCCCACCCGUGUAAACUGUGUGCCUCGGUAUAGACUGGACCUUUCAGAAACCUCCCUCCAGAGUCACCCAGGUAGAUGGCGCCUAGUGGGGUAAAUGAACAUUUACUGGGUUUAGUAGAUAAUGGGACAGAAUGAUGUCUGCUUAGGGCAGAGCGAAGGGGGUGACAAAGAAUCUGGAAGGGAAAACAAUACAAAAAAGCACUAAAUGAGCUGUUGAACUAUUUGGACUAUCUUUUCAACUGUAAAAGUGUAGUGUGUGUGUGUAUAAAUGUAUAAUUUUUACAAGCUUUUUAAAAAGUUAGCUUUGUGAGAAUAUCCUGUUCGGUAAGUGACUUUACUAUGUCAUGGAAAUGUAUCUUGUUAUCGAGUAAUACGGUAAGGCAGGUCAGCUUUUUUUUCCCCUCUGAAUCCAGCUAGUUUAGGAGAAGCCUGGGUUUGUAGAUCGGAUCUAGUGUAUCUAUCCUUUUACACUGCUUAUAGUCUCCCACGUGGGCAGUGCAGUGGUGAAGUCAAAUGAUUUUAGGAGUCAGGACCAAAUUACCAGUGUGCUCCCACCCUGGCUCUUAAAAGAAAAUAAAAUGGAAGCUGUUCCUUUCAUGGCUUCCUUUUUAUCAUGUAGUAAUCUUAUUACAAUGCUAAAAUUUCAGGAGGUGUUUGCUACUAAUUUUUAGUCAGGUAUUAAAAAAAACCCAAAACUCA